AUGGCUUUGCGAGCCGGGACCACAGAUCACAGCCAGGUGCCGACAGUAGAUGAGUAUGCUCGAGAAAAUGGCCUCACAAUUGAUUCUGCUGUCAAUGCACACGUCCUUUUGUCUACUUUCUCUGAUUCAGCGGGCCUUCGGCAAUCACUAGACGAAGAACAAGGUCUCACACCAUUCCGAAUUUCAUCAUUCAGUAUUCCUUUGAUCGAACGUCCAAGUAUUCCCAGGCCAGCUGUGGAUGUUCUGAUUCGACUGCAAUCCAGCGAGUGUGCCAGAAGCCUCCGAUCCCGUGCUAUAGCAGACUGGCCACAGGUUCCUCGAAGGCAUCGACUAGAGUCACCCCUCUUGAAGACUGACCCCGAGAUCGACGUCAUUCGGCUGCAAGAAUCUAUCAAAACCACAAGAUUGAUUGAUAUGCAGGCAAAUAUUCCACCAGUUCCACCAACUGAACCACUGGACCCAUAUCAAGAUGAGUCAUUGCCUUUUCCAGACAGCGCUUAUGCCCAUCACGCGGAUCUGUCACGACCAGCGAAGUUUGAGCGAAUUUCAAUUACAAAAGGUGUCAUAGAGUGCAUCACAAGUGUCACACAAGACAACUGGACGGACACCGACAUGUCGACGCUUUUGGCUGAACAGAUUCCACCAAGAUCAUCAAGGCCACGAAAGUUGACGCCGCCUCUCAGUCCAGCAGAAUCAGAUGGGGAAUGCUUCAUGCCAGAUCCCGAAGCAUGUCUGAUCCCAAUUGCAUCGGAUCCAAGUUCAUUGUUGAGUGCAGAUUUGGACGCAGCUGAAGCAGCUUUACCCCGCGACACCAUAUCAUCGACUGAGGCGACAACUCCAUUAUCUUCAUUGAGGGAGUCUCCAGUGGCCAUGAUGCGAAGAACGAGAGCGAAAGAAUUGAGAUUGGAAGAGCCUUUGAUGCCUGUCGAUGAGCCCGAGCCCUUGGCAACACGAGUUGAAGACCUGAUACGAGGAUAUUGUGACAUCUCCCAAGAUCUACUGCAACCAGACUUGAGUUUUGACCAUGAUUUCGAGUUGGAGAGCAUAUUGAGCGACGGUCUCAAGGAAGUGCUCCAAGAUGCUACUACACACUCGAGACGUAUAAUUGACCAGGAACAACUUGAGCCAGCGGAUGCGACCGCAAGAAUACCAGUUCCAAUCAUGGACUUCAGCAUCCCUGAACCUGAUUGGACCAACUGUGGCUACGACGCCAGCAAACACUUCCAAUCGCUUUUGCAAAACCAUCCCGGGAAAGCUUUACCAAGUUGGCCAGAGGACACUGCAGCUCGCCGCCUUCUGCAAUGGCUGCCGUUCCCUUCAAAGCUCGGCCAAGUAUCUAUGGAUGAAGAAAUAGAUGGCCCAAAAGUGACAUCCUUAUCAGACCUUCCAAAUCUGAAGAAUAUACCUACCAGUUUCGACUUUGUGUGGAAGCAGCCCGGUAUCUCCAUUCUUAAGCACGACGAGGAUGAAGAUAUGCUGGACUCAUCGAGGAAUGCAGUUGAUUCCCACACGCAUCAAGGGUCGACCCUGGGUCUUCCAGAACUAGCAGCCAAGAGAAAGCGAGAGGCCACGCAUCACACAACGGCAUCUACGCCGUCCUCCUCGCCAGUUGAUUUGGUCAUGGUACCAGAGCCAGAGCCCCAGCGAGCCUCGGUUUCGGACGAUUCGGAGCAUCUGCUGUUCGACGUUGAUGAGCCAGCUGCCCCGUCGAAUCUCCUGAAUAAUUUUGUGAAUUUCCAUAAUUUCAAGAGACGCAAAUUAGGUAUCAGCACCUUCUUUACGAAAGCACCCUCCAAACAGAUUUCGUCUGUUCCAGGCAACUCUAAAAAGACCCCUAAACCGAUCCCGGCUCCCAGUGCAGCGCCUCAAGCCGCUGACGAGGUAACGAUCAGGGUGGCACCUUUUCCGAGUCUAAAAUCCGAGGGAGUGCCAGCAAACAUCAUAGCGUCCACAAAGCUCUCGAAUCCGAUUAUUCGUUGGAUUGAAAAGUUGUCACCGUGGGUAAAGAUUACAGAGCGCGAUUUCGACAAGUACAACAAGGUGGCUUGGAAUCCCAUGUCCGUAGCCAGAUCUCCAGUCAUCUCCAAUCUGGCAGCCGAGGCGGACGUAAUUGUGUCGCCGUCAACGGGCCUGAUGGUUCUGUCUCUCAUCAAAGCACUCCAACGGCCUAUCCCUGGACAGAAAUCUGUCUUGAGAGAGAGAAUUGAAUCAACAUCACGGCGAUACGAACGCCUCAUAAUUCUAGUGUCUCAGUCGAAUCGUCAAGACGAAUCUUUAAGAGUCAUGACGGAUUCGGAGUGCUUGGGGUAUGCAGAUUUCUGCGGGUUUGUUGCUGGAUUAGAGUCAAGUACUCAGGUUUAUUAUGUAGGUGGCGGCGAGGAAACGCUCUCACGCUGGCUUGUGUACUUGAUCACCACCUACUCGUAUGAAGCGAUGGAGGUGGACAAGCUGCUCAUCGACACUGAAACGACCUGGGAACUCAUAUUACGGAGGGCCGGAAUGAAUGCAUUUGCAGCACAAGUAGUCUUAUCUGAGCUGAAGGAGCCAUUAGGUGUUGCACAGAACGAUGCGGCUCAUCGAGGUCUCGCAGCUUUCAUCAAUACGUCGCCAGACGAGAGGUUUGCAAAGUUCGGCCGACUUCUUGGAGGUGGGAGAGUUCUUCAGCGUGUAGGGAGGGCGUUGGACUCGGCGUGGGUAUAA